UCUUUCGCGGUCUAACGGCGCCGUCACCUUAUAUUAUCGCCAUUAACUCUUCUUCUAAAACCCUAGCCAGACUACCAUCUCUCCGCUAACUCAUCUCUCCGCCGCCGAAUGUACUAAAUCUCUUUCAGAUUGAAAUUACUACUAUCGCAGCAAUGGCGGAAGAUGGUAUCCCUGCAGAAGCACCUGCUUCUGUUCUUGGACAGCCGAUGGACCUCUUGACUGCCCUGCAGCUUGUUCUAAAGAAGUCAUUAGCGCAUGACGGGCUUGUCCGUGGACUACAUGAAGCAGCCAAGGCUGUUGAAAAGCAUACUGCACAGCUUUGCGUGCUUGCCGAGGAUUGCGACCAACCAGAUUAUGUGAAGCUGGUCAAGGCUCUUUGUGCGGAUCACAACGUACACUUGGUGACCGUUCCAAGUGCCAAAACACUUGGAGAGUGGUCUGGGCUCUGCAAAUAUGACUCAGAGGGAAAAGCAAGGAAGGUUAUUGGCUGCUCUUGCUUGGUAGUUAAGGACUAUGGAGAAGAGUCAGAGGGUCUUCAUAUUGUUCAAGAAUUUGUUAAGUCUCACUGAACUGCUCAUCAGUUAGUAUCAUCCAUGAAUUUAAAACUCAUGAGUUAAACAAUGAAUUUAGUUUCCAUGCAUGAGCCUAUAUAUAAAUAUUUUUAUGUGUGAACUUAGUUUGUUAUAAUGUUUUGAAGUCAUAUGAUGCAGAA